GUCCUUUGGGGACAUACUGGGCCUCGAACGUUGAGCCUGAAUCGAUGGAAAGGGGGGCCCUUGUUAAUAUCUCGAUGUGGAUGCUUUUUUUUGCGACGUCGUACCGUCUCAUCCGUCGGUGGUAGCAAAAUAGUGUCCCAAAUAUUGUAAUUUUCAAUGCACUGAUUUACAAUGCAGGGUCCUUGACGAGGUUCAAAUGUAGGGGAUAGUGAAUGAGUGAACCAGGGAACACUUGUUUAACACUUGUUCAAACUUCCGCCUUCCUUGUCAUGACGUAGUUUUUAACCUUUGUUAUUUUUUUAAAUAUUUUUUUUACCUUUGUUAUUGUACAUGGACAACAGUACAUUGUGCCAGUGAAAGACGGAAGGACGGGAGCAAAAUGAAGUCGCAUCCCGAGUGUUGCCUUUCUGCUCUCCAGUUGCAUGUCUAGUUAAGCCUCUCUGGGGACUGUCAUCUGUUGAACUGUUAGCUUAGCUUUACUGAAGAGCCAGCUACUGUAGCAUGCCAAUUCUGUUCGUAUGUGCUAGUCCUAGCUUACUUGUAAGAUAUUGUACCAUCAAAAUGAUGCAAGGAAAAACUAUAAUAGUGACUGGUGCCAACAGCGGGAUCGGGAAAGCCACAACAAUUGAUCUGUUGAAAAGACACGGGCGUGUGAUAAUGGCUUGCAGGGACGUGAAGAGGGCUGAGGAUGCCGCUCGAGAUAUCAGAAUGGAAACAGGUCAAGACACCGGAGAACUCGUAAUUCAAUACCUUGACCUCGCGUCCCUGACAUCUGUGCAUAGGUUCUGUGAAAAUAUAAUUAAGGAGGAAUCCAGAAUAGAUGUGCUGAUCAACAAUGCUGGAAUCUACCAGUGCCCAUACUCCAAGACAGAGGAUGGCUUUGAAAUGCAGUUUGGGGUUAAUCACCUCGGUCACUUCCUCUUAACUCACCUCUUGAAGGACCUCUUGAUAAAAUCAGCUCCCAGUCGCAUCAUAGUAGUGUCUUCUAAGCUAUACAAAUAUGGUCAGAUAAACUUUGAGGAUCUAAACAGUGAUAACAGCUACGACAAGGCUUUAGCCUAUGGCAGAAGUAAGCUAGCAAAUCUUCUGUUCACUUGUGAGCUAGCCUGUAGGCUUAAGGAGACAGGAGUCACAGUCAACGCCUUAACUCCAGGUUUAGUACGAACUAACCUAGGAAGACAUGUCAGUAUUCCUCUCCUGGCCAAGCCGCUAUUCAACAUGGCCUCCAGACUGUUCUUUAAGAGCCCAGAACAGGGUGCUCAGACCUCUGUGUACCUGGCCUGCUCCCCUGAUGCAGAAGGGGUUUGUGGGAAGUGCUUUGCAGACUGUAAGGAGCAGUCUCUUUUGCCAAAGGCUACAGACGAAGAGGUGGCACGGAAACUGUGGGACAUUAGUGAAGUCAUGGUGGGGCUAACGACGUAGCAGACCAACUUUGGUAACUAAGGUUCCUGAGAGUUGAGUGCUUUACUGGAGUGAACAUUUACAUUUAGCAAAUAUUUGAAUGAAAUCCUUGAAUUAAAAUGUACAGAUGAUCUGUAAAAUUCCAGUUGGUGUCAAACUCAGAUGAAACCCAAUAAUCAUAAAUUGAAUACCAAAUAUAUAGGAAGUGGAUGCAGUGUUUGUACGUAAAAUAUUGUGAAUUUCUGUAAAUGAGCAGCAAUUGAAAUUACUAAACUUUAAGGAGCAUUUAACAAAUUAGGAUGUAUGCACACUUCAUGGAUCUUAACUGGCUUUUCAAAGGCAUUUUUUGUGAACAAAUGUAGACAGUCUUAGAAUAUCUAAAUACAGUUUCUUUCUAAACUUGAUACACAGUGUUAUAUAUAUUUGUCUCUUGUGAAAAGGUUUAAAUUAAGUAAUCUGUUUUGGGGAGUAAAUUGUUCAUAGCUCAAAAUGAGUAGCAAAAUUGGCUGCAUUAAAAAUAUUACCAUGUUCAAUUGACAUCUUUGUUUCAUCAAAUAAGAACAGUUUAUUAAAACCACCUAACAUCACUUUAAAAGCCUUGUUUCUCAUAAAUGUAAGGCUUGAUACGCAGACAUGGAUAAUUGAAUAAUUGUUGUUGACUAGGCUCAUUUGCAGUACAGAAUUGCCCUUGGAAAGAAAAUAGAUUCUUCAUUGGUUGGGGUUUAGUUAGACCUCAAUCAGCCAUAGUAGCUGCUAGUCUUGAAUGCAAAUGUUCCAAUAUUACUUAGGAAUGUUUUCUCUCUUUCUGUGAGGUAACGGGAGAAAACCCCUUGGAUUUGUAAUGUAUUUUUCACCUGCAAUCUCCAUUAGUGCAUUUUAUGGAUCAUUAAUAAAGAGCACAGGACAAUCCAUAAAACAAAUCAAGUCCCUGUGACUUGGAGAAGAGAUUAGCUCUCAGGU